GAAAUACUUCCAGUACUUUUGGCAACACUGCUGUCAUUAGAGAUUCAUGCCUGAUCGGCUGUCCGUCGAAGUUUUCUCCAAGCAGCGAGCGUUUUUCUCUAACGCGAAUCCACCAAAAAUCACCUAAAAAUACAAUAAUUUCCUGCCCUAAACGUCUCGGUUGAAACCAUGGGUGGACACGGACACGGACCCCCGUACAAGGUGCCAGAUGCUUCGAUCUACAAAGUGGCCGAUGCCCCGCAGCUAGUGGAAGUCGAGAAGGCUUUGGCCCGUCGGGGAUUGAAGGACCCGUGGCUAAGGAACGAAGUUUGGCGCUAUAAUGUGAAACAGUUUGGAACUCACCGGUCCCGGUUGAUUUCUUUCCUGUUCAAGGGUUUCCCGCUGGGAUUUGCCGCGUUUGUGGCCACCAUCGGUGUUGAGUUUGCUCUGGGAGUGGAUUACCACGGCCACGGACAUGAGAACCAUGGCGACGAUAAGCACGGUCAUCAUUAGGGCACUCGAGCGUCGAAGGUAGGAAAUUCUUUUUAAAAUUGUAAAAUAAAACACGCAAAACGUUAAGCUCUAAUAAA